AUGGAUGAAUUCGGAGAUAGUCAUUCAAUUCACUCGUCUACAUCGUCGUCGGCGGCGUCGCAUUAUCAACACUCAGAUGCCGGGUCCAGUGAGCUGCCAGACACACCAUCCAGCCACUCGACAUUCCCUUCACCUACCGCAACGCGCAAUGGAAGCAUCAGUGGUUCUGUGGCAGAGCUACGACGAAAGUACGAUCCUCAAUAUGCUGCUUCCCUCGACAGCCGAAGGAGUGGGAGUCGAAGCCCUGAAGCUGAGCGACCAUCGCCGAGGAAUGUUGAAGACGCUGUUCGCGAAGGCCGACAACGGAAUGCGUUAUUAUCAUAUGCUGCGCGGCUUCCAACACCUCCAGAGAGCCAUGAGGACCGGUUGAAGGUGCAACAAGAUGCUCUGCGACAACAUGUCGCACAAGAGCAUCAUCCAUCUGCACACCACCGAGUGGACUCUGCUUACAGCCAACAUCGAUCUUAUUCAUCUUCAUCAAUGCGAUCGACGGACUCGCAGCGAGCCUGGGCGCAGUAUAUGCACGACAUGCAAAUGCAGCAGUAUCAGUAUGCGUCCCCGGCGAUACCGAUGGCGUACCCCGUGCCUCAGCAUGGAGUGAACGGGUAUGUAGCACAAGCUGCACCACCUCCAGCUCCUGAUGCACCGGACAAUGCUCAGCAGACCAUUGCCGGCUACGAGAUGCUCGCCCGAGAGCUAUCAAAUGAACAAUCGGCCGUCAAGCCUAUCUAUCGUAGAUUCGAAUAUCUCAACCACCGGAUUCUACUUCACAUGCAAGACGAAUUGCAAGAAAUGGAAGAACAACUACGGCGAGUCGACGAGAUCAUCGCCACUCUGGAGCCUCCUGUUCCAGCGGGCGAAGGUGGACAAUCUCCGUCGCCUCCGCCUGCAUCUCGACGAAGCGAUAAGAACUACGGCAGUCAAUGGCACCAUCAGCGCACCGAACUACUCGGACGAAUUUUUCUCAAGACCAAAGACUACAACGCCGCCGUUGCGAGCUUCGCCAAUCUCACUAAAGAUUCAGCGCCGGCGGAAAAGGAAGAGAUCGCAACAUACCGAGAUUGGCUGGCCGCGAAAACUCCUAUUCACGAAGUAGAGUCCAGGUUUCUCUCUGAUGAACACGAGAAAGAUUUGAUCGUGCCUGUAACGCCACCUCCAUUGUUGUCCGCAUCAUUAGGAAGAAGGAGCAGGAGGUCAUCUGCAGCAACACAAGAAAGUGAAUUCCCAGCUCAAGCAGAACGACAACCUCUACUGGCUUUGGCUUUCUUGCCCAUACUACCACUCCUCCUCUUCAACAUGAUCCCGACAUUCUCAGGUCGCCUUUUCGCGACGAUCCUCAUCACAACGGCAGCAGUGCUGGUCGCUGCUACGACCAAAAUCGGGGACUGCAUGUCGAAUCGCGAAUGGUGCGUUUGCGCCGCGGCGUACAUGCUUGUUAGUAUCGGCAUUGCGGGAUGCGUGCCGCAACAGCAUUGACAGCGACUUGUCAGAGGAAGAGGAAUGCUAUCGAAGCAUAUUUUGUACUUUUGAUCUGAUUUACGAUGUUUACGGCGAACUGAUGGUGUUAUGAUUUUACGGCUUUUUAGCGAGUGUGACGGUGUGGGCUCACAGGGGAAUAGCAGGUCAUUAUACCCAGGGAAGGAGGAAAGAUACCCCCACGAUGCAAGGAAACAAGGGCCAAGGGUGUGUCAGACAAGAUAUAUGGCACGUGGGCCGAAGAAGAAUAAAUGGACCUUUGGAAAAACCAGGA